AUGUCCGAAUUCCCAACCAAUCCUAUCUUCGUUCAAGCCAUAAAGGUCGCUCAACUUUUCACAGGUUCAACUCGUUCAGUCUUUACCUUACGCGAAUUUUUGUUAUCUUUAGAGUUAAAGUUUAGUUUAUUUAAUGUCACAGAUGAUUUUCGCAAAAUUUGUAUCUUCUUUGACAAUAUUGGUAGUAAAGCUACUCAAUGGUUCUAUAUAUAUGUUGUUGAUCACGAUAUUCAUACGACAUCUUAUUCUAAUUUCGUAUCCCACUUUUCUGCCUACUUUGGUGCCCAAAUAGAUACAAACAAUGUUGGUCGUAAACUUCGUUUGCUGUCCCAACACGACAACAUUGAUGGAUACAUUAAAGAAUUCUACCAAUAUAAGGAUCUGUUACCAGAUGGUGCCAUAAGUAAACCAGAAUUGGUUCGUUAUUUUAUUAAAGGCUUAAAACCAGACACUAGAAAGGUAGUCAUUUCGCAAAUUCCAAUUACAUUAUAUGAAGCUGUAGAGUUAGCUCGUAGAUGUGAACGCCGUUUGAUAGAUCCUAUUUUUCUGAACAUUACAAGUAAAGUUUCAUCUGACUCUUCUCCAGUCACAGUUGAGGCUAAUGAUGAUACUGGCAUGGCUAUCCGCACCUCCUACCGUAAUCGUAGAGGUUAUUCUACAUAUUCUGCUCAUGCAUCUGCUUUUAGAAGAGGAAGAUCUCACAAUUCUACUGAGACAAAAUCAUCGUAUGACACUUCUUCUAAGCGUGAUAAAGAGGACCUAUACCGUUUAUGUUUAGAAUAUAAGUUAUGUUUCAAUUGUCACAAACCAGGUCACCAAUCUAGCAUCUGUCCAAAUGCGAGAGUUGGAUAA